CCCUUCAUUAAAGACUAGGCGGUAUGUUCAGAAUUGCCUUAUGAACUGCCAAUCACGAGUUAAUGGAUAACUACAUACAUCAAAAACGAGGAAGUCAGAAAGCAGCAGCGCGCUGCAGUCUGCUGCACACAUAACCGGGUCAGUUUGCAGGUAUCCCGCUACAAGAAAUGAUGAGAUGACCGUUUAAGAAUAAAAUGAAGAUUUAAACAGACUUUAAAACUGGAUUGUGGAACAUCUCCAACUACAAUACGGUCACCAGAAGGGAAGUGAAUCAAUUACCACAGUUAAAUGGGGAGUAAGGAGCGAUACCAUUGGCAGAGCCACAAUGUUAAACAGAGUGGAGUGGAUGACAUGGUUCUUCUAUCUAAAAUCACAGAGGAAGCUAUCGUGGAAAACCUUAAGAAACGCUACUUGGACGAUUACAUUUUUACAUAUAUCGGUUCAGUGCUCAUCUCAGUAAACCCUUUCAAACAGAUGCCUUACUUCACAGACAGGGAAAUUGAAAUUUAUCAAGGAGCUGCUCAGUAUGAAAAUCCACCUCAUAUUUAUGCUCUAACAGACAAUAUGUACAGGAAUAUGAUGAUUGAUGCAGAGAACCAGUGUGUUAUAAUCAGUGGUGAAAGUGGAGCUGGCAAAACAGUAGCAGCUAAAUAUAUUAUGGGGUACAUCUCCAAAGUGUCAGGAGGAGGAUCAAAGGUUCAGCAUGUAAAAGAUAUCAUCCUACAGUCAAACCCUUUGCUCGAGGCCUUUGGAAAUGCCAAAACUGUACGAAACAACAAUUCCAGUCGAUUUGGAAAGUAUGUUGAAAUUCAGUUCAGUCGUGGUGGAGAGCCUGAUGGAGGUAAAAUCUCAAACUUUUUGUUGGAAAAAUCCCGAGUUGUUAGCCAGAAUGAGAGUGAGAGAAACUUCCACAUAUAUUACCAGCUGCUCGAAGGUGCUUCACCAGAGCAGGUUGAAAAUCUAGGUAUUGCUGAUCCUACAUAUUACUUCUACUUAAACCAGUCAGGCACCUACAAGGUGGAUGGGACAGAUGACAAAAAAGAAUUCAAAGAAACAAUGAAUGCCAUGCAAGUCAUAGGUAUAACAGCAGAGAUUCAAUUGAUGGUACUACAGAUUAUUGCUGGAAUUCUGCACCUUGGAAACAUAAGUUUUACUGAAGUUGGGAAUUAUGCCAAAGUGGAAAAUGAGGCCCACUUGGCUUUUCCUGCAUUCCUGUUGGGAAUCAAUGAAGUGAAGUUGAGAGAGAAAGUGACGAGCAGAAAAAUGGACAGUAAGUGGGGAGGCAAGACAGAAUCCAUCAACAUGACUUUAAAUGUUGAGCAGGCUGGAUACACCCGCGAUGCACUAUCGAAAGCCCUCUAUGCACGGUUAUUCGAUUAUUUAGUCGACGCCGUUAACAAGGCUAUGCAGAAACCAUAUGAAGAAUACAGUAUAGGAGUGCUGGAUAUUUAUGGCUUUGAAAUUUUUCAGAAAAAUGGAUUUGAACAGUUCUGCAUUAAUUUUGUAAAUGAGAAGCUUCAGCAGAUUUUCAUUGAGUUAACUCUCAAAGCUGAACAGGAAGAGUACGUACAGGAGGGGAUUAAAUGGACACCCAUUCAAUAUUUCAAUAACAAAAUUGUCUGUGAUCUGAUAGAAAACAAACUUAAUCCACCGGGAAUUAUGAGUGUUCUCGAUGACGUCUGUGCCACUAUGCAUGCCACAGGGGAAGGAGCCGAUUCAACUCUAUUACAAAAACUCCAGGCUGCCGUAGGAGGUCAUGAACAUUUUAAUAGCUGGAACCAAGGAUUUAUAAUACAUCACUAUGCUGGGAAGGUACUGUACCAUCCUGCACACUACAAUUUUGCUACAAAACAAAUGUCAUUGCUGUACAGGCUUUCUAACAACAUCUGUAAACAAGCAAAUGACCUGGUCAGCAAGUUAAUGAAGUGUACUCCACAUUAUAUUCGCUGCAUAAAACCGAAUGAGACUAAGCGACCCAAAGAUUGGGAAGAGAGCAGAGUGAAGCACCAAGUUGAAUACCUGGGACUGAAAGAAAAUAUCCGAGUCCGGCGAGCGGGAUUUGCUUACAGGAGAGCUUUCCCAAAAUUCAUACAGAGGUACGCCAUCCUUACACCAGAGACCUGGCCUUAUUGGCGUGGCGACGAGCGCCAAGGAGCCCUGCAUCUUCUUCGUUCUGUCAAUAUUGAUACUGACCAGUACCAAAUGGGGAAAACCAAAGUAUUUGUCAAGAAUCCAGAAUCGCUUUUCCUGUUGGAAGAAAUGAGAGAACGGAAGUUUGAUAAAUUUGCAAGAACCAUUCAAAAAGCAUGGAGGAAAUACAUUGCACGAAGAAAGUAUGAACAGAUGAGAGAAGAAGCCUCCAGCAUACUUUACAACUUCAAGGAACGAAGAAGGAACAGCAUUAACCGAAACUUUGUUGGUGACUAUCUUGGCAUCGAAGAUCGACCAGAGCUACGGCAGUUUGUUGGGAAGCGAGAGAGGAUAGACUUUGCAGACUCUAUUACCAAGUUUGACAGAAGAUUUAAGGGUAUAAAGCGUGACCUUAUACUCUCCUCGAAGCACAUUUAUCUCAUUGGUCGAGAAAAAGUUAAAAAAGGGCCUGAAAAGGGCCAAAUCAAAGAGAUCCUAAAGAGAAAAAUUGAAAUUCAGAACAUUACUGCUGUUUCUAUGAGCACCAGGCAAGAUGAUUUUGUAGUCUUGCAUGAACCAGAAUAUGAUAGUCUUCUGGAGUCCAUAUUUAAGACUGAAUUUGUUAGUCUUCUGUGCAAACGAACUGAAGAGUUAACACAUCAGAAGUUACAGCUCAAAUUUUCUGACUCCAUACAAUUCAAAAUCAAGAAGGAAGGAUGGGGAGGUGGUGGCACUCGAAAUUUGAUAUUCAGCCGAGGCCAGGGGGAGAUGGUGGUGAUUAAACCUGCAGGAAAGACACUUAACAUUAGCAUUGGAGAUGGAUUACCCAAGAAUUCAAAGCCAACAAGGAAAGGUGUUGUUGUACAGAGCAGAGGGUUUACCCAAAGUCCUCCAAACAGAGCAGCCCCACGACCACCACCAGGGCAAUGUCGGAAUGGUGCACCAAGAUUCCCGCAAAAUAAUCAGAUGAAACAGGAUCAAACCUAUUCCAGACCCGUGAAAGGACCAAGAAUAUCCACCAUCAGUUCUGAAAUGCCUUCACUGCCAAAACAAGGUGCAACCACUAAAGCAAGAACAACGACGAACAUGGAUGCUAAUAUGGAAUUCAUGAAGGUUCCUGAUCAGGGAGUUGCAGGAAUGCAAAGAAGAAGAAGUGUAACUCAAAGACCUCUGCCUGGUGUGGGCCGCCCAAAACCACAAACACACCGUCCAAGAUGUCGGGCACUUUAUCAGUACACAGGUCAGGAUGUAGAUGAAAUCAGUUUCAAUGUCAAUGACGUCAUUGAAAUUCUUCUUGAAGAUCCAUCAGGAUGGUGGAAGGGUCGUUUACAUGGAAAAGAAGGUCUUUUUCCAGGAAAUUAUGUGGAGAAAAUAUGAACUAUUGUGAACUUGGUUCCGAAUUCUACCUGGCUGAAAAACACAAGUACAGAAAUAUGAUCAGCUACUGGACAACCUUGCAUCAGCAUGAUCACUUAAAAGGAAUGUUUUAUUGGAACAGCUUCAUUCUAAAUACGCAUUUAUAGGAACUGAAACUGGCCUUUCAGCAUCUCCUAUUUAUUCCACCAUUCAACUAGAUCAUAACUAAUCUGCAUCUUAACUCCAUCUACCUACCAUUAUAACAAUAAAGCUGCUUACUAAAUCAGUUUAAACUGGGGUUUUACAGUCACAAUUUACAACCAGUACUGUAACUAAGACAUUAAUGAAAACCCUUGUUUAAAAAGAAAUUAGCAGGAGAUUUGUCUGUACAUACAUACGUUUUGUGGCCUCUACUUACUACAAGGUUUGAUAAGCAAAUGAAUCUGAGCUAAAACUAUGGGUUAGCAUAAAUUAUUUGUAUUAAUGUUCCCUAUUACCAUGGGACACACAGCCUUACAAACCAUCUAUGAAAAAUGUCCCUUUUGAGGUAGAUUGUAUAUUGAAAGUUACUUAGCACAAAUAGGACACAUUAAUGCCAAUUAGGAGUUGUACUUUAACAUUGUCGUCUUGCUUCGUACAUAAUAAAAUGUAACAUGAGUUAGAAGAAGUGCUGACAAUGAGCAACAAUGAGUAUUAGGCUGUUUAUUUAAAGGAACAGUUACUUAGACAUUGGUUCAGUAAACUUCAUUCAACAACAUGUUAGCUUCUGUUUGCCAUCUUCAAACUGCCUCUCAGUAACAUUAUCAAAGCCAAAACAUAAAGUUGCAUAUGUAUGCUGACAACACCCAUCUCUGCCUCAUGAAAGGAAUGCAAACUUUCCAUAUUUUUACCAGACAAUAGGGCUGCUCUCUCAUUAGAGAGAGAUAGCUGGUGGUGGUUUAACCUGAGGUGACAAUGCCUCAAGUUAGGGGAGAGUUUGAGAGGGUCCUUCAUGGUAACCUUAGGUGGCAGGGAAUUGAACCCACACAGUUAGCACCACAAAGCAUUAUCAGCCAGCCAACUGAGCUAACUAAUCUCCUUCUUUACUGUGUCUUAGUCCCUGAUCAUCUCAGAGUUGUCAGACUCUUGCCCAACAUUCACUAUUGGAAGAGAAGAAUGUUCUUCCACAUCAUUCAGUGGUUGGGCGGCAUAGAGUCAGAGAUGUACAGCACUGAAACAGACCCUUCGGUCCAACACAUCCAUGCUGACCAGAUAUCCCAACCC